CACGCGCGUGGGAAAUCAAGCAGCCCCUGGUCUCGGAUAGGUCUGGGGCUCGCACGUCGCAGUGCAGAUCCCGCAAGCACGCGCGCGACAGCCCUGAGUCGUGCCAGAGUCUCCCUGAGCGCUGCCGAAUAAUGUUGUCCAACUGAUCCAAGAGCCUCCGAGCUUCUUCGAACACCACCUGGCCGGAUUGGCCCACCUUGCUGCUGAUGGCCACCAGAUCGCCCCGGGCUUCCUGCAGCUUCCCGUGAGCCUGUCCGCCAUGCCGCUGUCUGCCACAGGACCACCCAGUGGAGGACGCAUAACCCUGACCGCGCAUUUCUUCUACUGAUUGUACGACGCGACACCCGAACACCCCAGUUCAUUGCCACCUCUACCGGCCAUGGAGGGCCCUUCCAUCCCAGCCCUGCCCUCGCAGCGCACAGCAACCUCCAAUCCGACUAGGCACUCCCUGCCCGCCGGCCGCGUCGACGAGCGCCCCUCCAAGCGCGACCCGUCCCGCCCCCGCCCCAAGCCUGCCUCGCCCGAAGUCAUAUCCUCUCUGAUCGAUUCCCUGUCCGCCAUCUCUCUGCCGGCCCAUGACCACUUCGAAAACAACAUCCCUACAAUCGGCGGCUCGGGCCCAGGCACGAGCUACUCCGUGCCUGCCAGCCCCGCCGACCGCGACGGCUUCGGCGUCACGUACGGCGUGCACAGGAACGAGCGCUGGGAGGAAGAGAAGUACCAGGAAGACAUCGAUGACGCCGCUGCCCCUCCGGUCAUCAAAACCGCCAAACCGCCCUCUGGCUUUUCUCCCCUCACCGCGCCGCCCAAGCCCAAACAGAGCAGGGAGAGCUCCAAAAGCUCGCUGAAGAACUACAUUCGCUCGGCGUCGAGGAGCUCUACUUCUCUGACUUCCAGACACUCCAGCGUCAGGGACGAUGCGAGCAGCAUAGCGAGCAGCAUCCAGAGAGGUUUGCGCCGACACUCUAGUACCAGUAGGGCCUCGCUGGACAGCAGAACGAGCGCCAGACGAACGAGGAGCUUGGGCUACACGAGCUCGAGAGAGCGCCUGCGCGGCAGCAGAGAUACCGACAUGCGCAGCGCUGCUGGGUCCCCGAUCUCCUUGCGAACCUCGGGACUGGAUUCACUGUCGUUCCACAGAGGUGGAUCGGGGCCGCCCAGUCCCAGAAAGUCGGAAUUCAAGCAUUCGCCGAUGAUCGAGGAAGAAGAAUCACCGCAGGUGUCUUUAGAGCCGCCCGCUGACAACGAUGCGGCGAGCAUGCCGAAAGCUUCCGUGGAAAGCGACCGUCGUUCUCGUCGUUCUCGUCGUGGUCCUGAGAUCUAUGAGGGAGCCGUUCCAUCCAGAACUUCCAGUCUCCGGAACCAAUCACGGAGCCCUUCGGCGACUAGGGCGCGCUCUUCCUGCAGGGAAUCUUCACGGUCGAGAGCAGUGAUUGAGGACAACGACAGGCUGAGACUAGAACCGGUGGACGAGAGGGAACCAAAGGGGAAGGAGAAAGCCUUGGACGACGACGAGGAAGACAACGACGUCACCCGACGCAUCAAGGAGCUGAAACGGCAGAAGGAAGAACGGGAGAGAGCAUCCGAAAGACUGCGUCUUGACUUGACCGUCGAAGAUGAUGGUGCGCGACCGCAGUUCGGGCCGCUGUCGCCGACAUCGCGCGUCAUUGAGAUGGAGGAACGGUCGAUGAUUGAGUCCAUCGCAAAGGCGCACAGGCUGCUCGGGCUAACCCCCACGACUCCGCCGCGUUCAGCUAUGAGGUCAACCCCGACCGUUGAAACGGCAUUGGAAGCGCAAGCGAGAUCACCUGAUCCAAGUCGGAAAUCAGAAGACUCUCUGCCGAUUGAUUAUGAACUUUCGCUACAAUCUCUGAGCCGGACCUCGAUGUCCACAAUCGACGACGCCAAGGCAAGAAAGGUCUUGGGCACCCCGCCUUCCAUUGCGCGCAGCCACUCGGAUGCUGCGAGUGUAAUGAAAGAAAGGAACAAGAGGUCGCUCGAGGAGGCUGCUGAAAGACUCGAUCUGCAUGUCAAUCUCGAUACGCCCCCCGAGUCUCGCGUUCCGUCCCGAGCGGCUAGCGCCGAACCGGCGCCAAGACAGCAAUCUGUUUACCUCCCUCCCCCAUCGCCUAGGAGGUCCAACUCCAUUUCCUUGGGAAAGAAGCGCUGGUCUCACUCCGAUGUUCCCUCCAAGUCUGAACCUAAACACAACGAGAAGCUGUUCAAAAAUGCAAAGACGGACAGAGAACUAAUGGCAGUGAAGCCGCCCUAUGUCCCGGAGCCUGUCCUCGAGGAACCGCCCAGGCCUUCCAGCAUCGACUCGAUUGAUGACGAAGUGGAGACGUUUUUGCUCUCUCCGCGUCUGACGCAAAGGGUGCGGGAGCCCAAUAGCGGGAGGACAAUAUGCUUCUCGGAGGUCGGCGAUCCCCAGGGAUUCGUUGUCUUUUGUUGCGUGGGAAUGGGCUUGACCCGAUAUGUCACGGCCUUUUACGAUGAGCUCGCGACUUCGCUUAAGCUGAGAUUAAUUACUCCGGACCGCCCUGGUGUGGGUGAAAGCCAGGCGGAUCCGAAUGGGACGCCUCUCAGCUGGCCAGACGAUGUAUCUUGCAUCUGUCAAGCUCUUAGAAUUACCAAAUUCUCGAUCAUGGCCCACUCAGCCGGUGCCAUUUAUGCUCUUGCAACUGCAUUACGCAUGCCUCAACACAUUCGAGGCCGCGUUCACCUACUGGCUCCAUGGAUUCCGCCGUCGCAGAUGACUGCGGUAGGUUUACACGUUGACUCGCCCCAUCCCGAUCGUCAGCUUCCGCGCGCUCAGCGUUUGCUUCGUGUGCUUCCCACACCCUUGCUCAAGGUUGCCAACUCUACGUUCAUGAGCGCUACUAGCGCCAGCCUCACUCGAAGCGUGCCAAAGUCGCCACGUGAUCGUAGUCACAACAAGCGCAAGACUACUGUGUCGCGCGAUACUGCCCAGCUUGCUGCUCGCCUGGCCGUCGCGGCAAACAAACGCGAUUCGAUGAUGCUCAUGGACCGCGUGCUUCCCGAUGGCAGCGCGCUCGACUCAGCAAUUGCUAACCCCGAUGACCCCAACCACGAAGCCGCACUCUCGGCCAAAGCGGCGAUGACUAUCGCCGAGCAGAACCGUCGUCGUGAGUAUGACACCAGACUCACACUCGCGGUGUGGGACCUUGCGACGACAAACGCGAACCCGGCGGUCGAUUUGCUCGUCUGCCUUGAGCGCUCGCAAGCCAUCGGCUUCCGAUACGUCGAUAUCACGCGCCCAGUCGUAAUUCAUCACGGUAGUCGCGACACGCGCGUUCCGGUCGACAAUGUCAAGUGGCUCGGCCGCACGAUGCGCCGGUGCGAGGUGCGCAUCUUGGAGGGAGAAGGCCACGGGCUCAUGGCGAGCGCAGUCGUCAUGGGCAACGUCCUGACGGAGGUGGCCAAGGAGUGGGAGGAUUGGACAGCGGUGACGAAGGGAGGAGGAACAAAAGCGCGGCCGCCUACAGGCCGCACCGAAAGCUCGUUCAUCUAAUUUUGUUUGUCUCUCUUUUGUUGACAGUCUCUGUGCGGCCACAGCACGUCUCCUUGGUUGUUCCUUUCGAUUCUGCCUAUACCCCUUUUUCGUUUUUAUUUGCGGCAAAAAGCGCCGGUUGGCAAGCCGACGCUCACAACAGGACACAUUUAAUCGCCUCGCUCUAGUUCUUUUUACUUUUGGCCAGAGUCGCGCCGUCGAUUGGCUGGCUGUUCGUUCGCUUGAAUAAAGAGGCAGCUUCUUGGUUUUAUUGAUGAGAGACGGCUAUUACUACUAAGACACUAUCAUAAUACUAGGUAGCUACAGUCGGCCCCCCUUAUAAGCGCCGACUGUUAAUAAUGUUUCUCUUGGGAAAAGC